CACAUAACACAUCUAAUCGCUCAUUGCUCACCGGCACCUCGGCACAUCGCCCUCGUCGCGUGCAGUGUGCAGAGGCAAUUAAAGCUUAUUUUUUAAUGUAUCUUUAUUUCCGUUAUUUGUAUUACUCUCGUCACGUUUAGUUGCUUCAGAAUCUUGCGCUCAGUGCUUAACAAAAAUGGGUGAAGACAAAAUACCAACUCCUGAACAGGAGAGGCAAGAACCAUCUAAAAAAGCUUUGAAGAAACAACAAAAAAAUGCAGAGAAAGCUGCUAAAAAAGGCGAGCGAGAGGCACAAAUGAAAGCUCAAAAUGAGAGUAACGAGGGGGAGGACGUUUCGGUGGGAAAGUACGGACAAAACGCUCUGAUCCAGAGCGCUGAGACUCACGCAGACCGUCAAUUUAUCAACGUUCAGGAACUCGUGCCUGCAUCAGCUGAUAAGAAAGUCUGGCUGCGUGGUCGUAUGCAUACCAGUAGAGCAAAAGGGAAGCAGUGUUUUUUCGUUUUGCGUCAACAGUCUUACACCGUUCAGGGUUUGGUUGCUGUAAAUGAGAAAACAAGCAAGCAAAUGGUGAAAUUCGCUUCAAACAUAACUAAAGAGUCGAUAAUCGAUGUUGAAGCGACCGUAAAGUGUGUGCCAGCUAAAAUCGAAGCAUGCACUCAAAAAGAUGUAGAGCUCCACGUUGAGCAGCUAUUCGUAGUGAGCGCAUCGAAGCCACAAUUGCCUCUACAGAUCGACGAUGCUGCGAGGCCUGUGAACGAAAUGGACGAAGCUUCUACGAAUAUCAGAGUCAAUCAGGAUACGCGACUUGAUAACAGAGUUCUCGAUCUUCGCACCCCUGCUAAUCAAGCCAUUUUCCGUGUAGAGGCAGCUGUCUGUAAACUCUUCCGUGAUAUUCUCACAGAAGAGGGCUUUGUCGAGAUCCACACACCCAAAAUCAUUUCGGCCGCCAGUGAAGGUGGAGCAAACGUUUUCACUGUCUCCUAUUUCAAGAAUUCGGCCUAUCUCGCCCAAUCUCCACAACUCUACAAACAAAUGGCCAUCGCUGCUGAUUUUGACAAAGUUUUUACUGUAGGGGCAGUUUUCAGAGCUGAAGACUCCAAUACUCAUAGGCAUUUGACCGAAUACGUCGGCCUCGACCUUGAGAUGGCCUUCAAGUAUCACUAUCACGAGGUUGUUGACACGAUCGGACGAAUGUUCACCGAGAUGUUCCGCAGGCUUCGUGAUUGUUACGCAGACGAUAUAGCAGCAGUGUGUCAGCAAUAUCCGGUAGAACCGUUCAAGUUUCUCGAUCCACCUCUCAAACUUGAGUUUCCUCAGGCUGUAGAAUUGCUUGCUGAGGCCGGUGUCGAGAUUGGGGCAGAAGACGAUUUGUCAACACCGAACGAGAAACUUCUCGGGAAAUUAGUCAAAGCCAAAUACGAUACGGACUUUUAUAUGCUGGACAAAUACCCACUGGCCGUGCGACCAUUUUAUACUAUGCCGGACCCAAAAAAUCCUAAAUAUUCGAAUUCGUACGACAUGUUUAUGCGUGGAGAGGAAAUCAUUUCGGGAGCUCAACGCAUUCACGAUCCCGAGUUCCUGACCGAGCGGGCUAAGCAUCAUGGAAUUGAUAUUGAGAAAAUCAGGAGCUACAUUGACUCCUUCAAAUAUGGUUGCUCACCUCAUGCCGGUGGCGGAAUCGGUAUGGAACGCGUUGUAAUGCUGUACCUUGGUCUGGACAACAUCAGAAAAGUUUCCAUGUUCCCUCGUGAUCCAAAACGUAUAACACCAUAAUUUUCAAACAAACUCGCUCAUUCGUAAAAAUGGGUUGAGUGCAGGGGCAUUGCAGACACGGUUUUCUAAAAAAUGACACUUCCAACUAAUGUAUCAUACGUUUGAUAAAUAAACCGUUUUGUUAAUUACGAA